AUGAUUGAAGACAUGGCAUUAAGUUUGUUCCACUUGGAGCCAACAUAUUGGGGAUGUACAUUCGGCGUAAACAGCAUUGCUGAUUAUCCCCCCGGAGAAGUGGAUGAUCCCUUCAUUUUCACUUUAUUUCGAAGUCUUAUUAAUCGCAAAGGGAGAGUAAUGAAUAUAAGUUUUGCCUUAUCAGAGGAGGGGGAAGGAAAUAGCCCCCUCAUAGAAAACUAUUACGACUGCGUUCAUGUAAAAAUUAAGGACAAAAUCGAUUAUGAGGAAAUACGUAAAAUAUAUGACGCGUUUAACCCUGAUUUGGUAUACGUAGACGAAACGAACAACCCUCACAAUUUUAAUUACGAUUUUUUCAGCAGCUUGAAAGACAUAAACAAAUGUGUAGUCAUUACAAAUAUUAGCAAUAAGGGCAGUUUAAUUUCGCAAGAUUUUAUUCCCUCUCCUUUUAACCAUUCCGAUGUUGUGUAUACCUAUUUUAACGAAAAUAUGAGGGCACAUAACUGCCAUGUUAUUUUUUACAAAAGGGGGUAUAAGCACGUGGACACGCAGGGCAAAUUAAUCCAUUAUGAGUAUGAAAAAAAACUGAAAAAUCAUUUCCUUCCCGUUCGGGUAAAUAACACAAUUUUUUCCUUUCUGACGUCGUUCAGAAUGAUGAAAAAUGCCGAAUUUAAGGAGUACGUAAUUCAGUCUAAAGAAAACACGCGUGCACUUUUGUCUCACUUAAAUAAAGAUUUUUUUAAAAUUCAAUAUGCACAAAAUAGUAACUUCCUAAAUUUAAAUUGCACAAAAUCCCCUUUUAACGUUUACGAAUUUCACCAAUUUUGCAAAGAAUUAAACAUUUUUUUUGACAUUCUUAAUCCAUUUAAGUAUACUCAAAAAUCUUUUAAUGUUGGAACAAAUUAUUUGACGAGCAUGGGUCUCCUGGAGGGUGACAUGAAGACUGUAGCGCAGUUCUUAAACCGCACUCUUUCUCUAUAUCUUUCUGCAAAGCGGCAAACCAAUUGCGCCAGCAACGAAUUUGUGGAAUUUUUAAAGCACAGUUAUAUGACGUCUCCCAAUAUGUUGUCCCUUUCGAACGACAUUUUUUGUUUCAUUUCGUCUUUUCCAGACGUGCACAGUUGA